UAUUAUCGCGUGCACAAACUAUUACCGUCACAGUCUUAGUCUUGACUUUGCCAGCUGUACGUACUCAAAGCAACUCGUACUACCACGUGACAUGUAGGCCACGUGUUGUGAAAUAGUGUCAGAUUUGAUGGAUCGCCAAUUAAUUUCUUGGAGUGAUUUUCAAGCUUUUCAAUAAGUGACUAUUAACUGUGGGAGCAAUAACCAUUAAAGUCUCGGCUAUUGAAAUCUUCAAGAGGCUUGAGCGGAGAUUACCGGAUGGAGAUGACCGCUGUUGACUGAAGACUACGUGCAAUUAGCAGGAUUCCGAGAAAAUAGAUAAGAACAGUCACGGGAAAAUAUGACAGAGGUGAAAUGCGGGGAAAUGGAUAAUUUCUAGUUUCCGGCAUACGAUGAACGAACGAAACACAGAGGGGCGGGGACUCGAGAAAAUCGAAACGAGACCGCCUGAGAUGUCAAUUAGAGUCAAUCAAGUUCAAGGAUAAAGCUUAAAAACGGAGAAAAAAAAAAGUCAUUAAAACGCAUUGACUGAAAAAUGGUACUCAGUGCAGUUGUCGUGGCAUCGGCAUUGAAAGGUGCAAUUGGUCUAGUUGGCACUGGUUUGUGGCUUGUUCCACUGCUAAUCGCGGGUUUAUCCUACUACCGUUACGAUCAACUAGAUCCAGAGAGCAGACCAAUCGAUCGUCGCCCACUUCAUCCAGAGUACGAUUUCAUUGUCAUCGGUGGUGGUUCAGCAGGUGCUGUUGUUGCAAGUCGUUUGUCAGAGAUAAAGGAGUGGAAAGUACUACUGUUGGAGGCUGGACCAGAUGAGAAUGAGAUAACAGACGUGCCGUCCUUGGCGGCUUAUCUUCAGCUAACAAAACUCGAUUGGAAAUACAAAACCGAGCCAACAGGCAAGUCCUGUUUAGCGAUGAUCAACGGUAGAUGCAACUGGCCGAGAGGUAAAGUCCUCGGUGGUUCAAGUACACUGAAUUACAUGCUCUAUGUACGUGGGAAUCGUCAGGAUUACGACCACUGGGAGGCAUUGGGUAAUAACGGAUGGGGCUACGAUCAAGCCCUCUACUACUUCAAAAAAUCCGAGGACAACAGAAAUCCUUAUCUGGGAAAGAGUCCUUAUCAUGCAACUGGUGGUUACUUGACUGUUCAGGAAUCACCUUGGAGGACACCUCUAGUCGUGGCUUUUGUCCAAGCUGGUGUUGAAUUGGGCUAUGAGAAUCGUGAUAUAAAUGGAGAAUACCAGACAGGUUUUAUGAUCGCUCAGGGAACAAUUCGUCGUGGUGGCAGAUGCUCAACAGCCAAAGCUUUUCUCCGGCCGGUCAGAUUGCGUGAUAAUCUUCAUACAGCUAUGAAUGCACAUGUGACAAAAAUUCUCAUUGAACCAGUUAGCAGAAGGGCUGUGGGUGUGGAGUUCUAUCGCGAUGGUAGAAGGCAAAUAGUGAGAGCACGCAAGGAGGUAAUACUCUCGGCUGGUGCUAUAAAUAGUCCACAGUUGCUGAUGCUGUCCGGCGUUGGUCCCAAGGAUCACCUUCGUCAUGUUGGUAUACCAGUUCUCAAGGACGCACCGGUUGGUGAUAAUUUGCAAGAUCACGUGGGCAUGGCUGGACUGACGUUUUUGGUUGAUAAGCCUGUUGCUAUUGUUCAGGAUCGGUUUCAAGCGGCUCCAGUCACUAUGAAUUAUGUGGCGAAUGGUAGGGGACCUAUGACGACCCUUGGAGGAGUCGAGGGUUAUGCUUUCAUUAAUACAAAGUAUGCCAAUGAGUCCGGGCUAUAUCCGGACAUUCAGGUGCACAUGGCACCGGCUUCGUUGAGCUCCGAUGCUGGUGUUCAAGUUAGGAGGAUACUUGGAAUUACUGAUGAGGUUUAUGAUGCUGUCUUCAGGCCCAUCACCAAUAGGGACGCCUGGACACUCAUGCCACUGCUACUCAGGCCCAAAUCUAGGGGAACUGUUAGACUCAGGAGUUCUAAUCCUUUUCAUGGACCAAUUGUCGAUGCUAAUUACUUCGACGAGCCUGAGGAUAUCGCAAAACUCGUGGAGGGCACUAAGAUUGCUGUGAGGAUUAGUGAGGCGAAGGUCUUCAAACAGUUCGGCUCUAGGCUGCAUCGCCUCAAGAUUCCGGGGUGCAGGCAUUUGAAAUUCGCGUCUGAUGCUUAUUGGGAGUGUCAUAUACGGCACAUUACUAUGACUAUUUAUCAUCCAGUUGGAACUGCUAAGAUGGGACCACCUGAUGAUCCAGGGGCUGUAGUUGAUGAUAGGUUGAGGGUCUAUGGGAUUCAUGGACUGCGAGUCAUUGAUGCAUCGAUAAUGCCCACUAUCUGCAGUGGUAACACCAAUGCACCUGUUAUCAUGAUCGGUGAAAAGGGGGCCGAUCUUAUUAAGGAAGACUGGCUUGAGCCUCCGCGAAGAUAGCAGUUUUUAUUGUGAACGAAACAAAUGGACGAUUUUAAUGAAAUGAUCAGAGUGACUUGAGUGAGUCAUUCGUGAAGAACUUUUUGGAAAACCAAUUAUGGAGAAAUCUUAACAUUCUCAAAGUCUUCGGGCAUUAGUACUGAAUAAUUGAACUUAAUGUUCCCGUGUCCAAGGAAUUUGUUGAUAACGAUUGAAAUUUUCACGUUAUCAGGGAAGAAUGUAGGGACAGUGGAUUAUGACGAUUUUGAGAGUUAACGUGGAUAAAAAUAAUAGUACUGUGUAUAAUGAAAAAAUUAAGGAUAUUUUUGUGCCAUUGAGAUGAAUACUGUUACUUUUCCACAAUGAAAUAUUGCAAAUAGAAGUUACCAGAAUAUGUUGAUUGUACGAUUUUGUUAUUUGUGAAAGAGCGACUGAUGGGUAU